AUACUAACCAUGUCUGUCCACGCGGAGCCUCCGCCGUCUAUCGUCUCGGAACCACAUGGCAUCAAUUAUGCUACCUCCAACCAACUGGGCAAGGGCGGUUUCGCCAUUUGCUUCAAGGCCGAACGUCUUGAGCGCGACCAGCCCACCGGCCAUCUGGUUGCUCUCAAGAUUGUCAAGUCCAGGAUGGAGCCCGCGAAGCUAGCACAAAAGUUCAUCACCGAAUUGCAAAUUCAUUCCAAGCUGUCCCACCCUAACAUUGUAGCCUUCCACCGCGCCUUCUCUUUCGGCGAGAGCACCUACGUCGUCCUAGAACUCUGCUCCAGCGGCUCGCUUGCCGACAUGCUGAAGCGUCGCAAAAACAUCACUAUGCCUGAGAUACGUCGCUUCAUCAUCCAAGUCUCUGGCGCCGUCAAAUAUCUGCAUGCGCGCAACAUUGUCCAUCGCGACCUCAAGACCGGAAACCUGUUUCUCGACGAGAAGAUGAACAUCAAAGUCGGCGACUUUGGCCUCGCCGCCCUGCUCGUUAGUGGAAAGGACAUGGACGCCAAGCGACGAACCACCAUGUGCGGCACUCCCAACUAUCUGGCUCCCGAGAUCCUGGAAAAGGGCAAAGGUCAUAGCGAGAAGGUUGAUCUGUGGGCUAUUGGCAUCAUCGCAUACACUCUUGCUGUCGGAAGGGCCCCAUUCCACGCAUCAUCCAAGGAAGAAAUCUACAAGAAACUGAAAGCGGGCGACUAUUCAUGGCCCGAAUUAUCAUCAAUCACAAACGAAAUUUCUGCAGACCUACGCGAUUUGGUCUCGUCUCUGCUGGUCACCGAGGAACUGCGUCCCUGUCCGGAUCAGAUUGUUUCGCAUCCCUUCUUCAAAAUUGCCUUUGUACCCAGGCAAAUGAGUCGCGCUCAGCAAGGUACCCACAUGGCCCAACGUUCAACCGUCAACCCCGAAGUGCUUCAAAGAGGCUACAGUGAAUCCUGGUGGUAUGUCUGCAAGGAAUCUGGAGUUGGCGAGUACGCUCCAGGCAAGUGCUUCCAACUUAACGCAGGCAAGAAAAUACGCAGCAUUGUGAGGGACAUCGAGAGAGAGGUCGCUGCAGGUCGACAGCCCGUAAUUCCAAUCCCGUCAGACACAGUUUAUACGUCGCCAAACUGCAAUAGCAUCGACGCCUUCCAGCCCAGGAAUGCAUUGACAGAAAUCGCAGAGGAGCGUGAGCCCGACACGAGACAGCUCAAGGAGAUAGCCCAUAAUGAGAUUCGACCAGGAUCCAAGGACGAGAGCGCCGACGAGAACAAAAAGAAGAAGGAUGCCGAGUUGAUGCCUCCUCCUCCACGCGUCAGACGAGCAGGCCCGAUCCGAAGGACGCGCGCAGUUCCAGAUGAGAAGGAAGAAAGUGCUCCCGAGUCGACCCGCCAGUCCUCGCGCCUGAACACUCUCAGCCAAACUAACACAUUGAGUCAAACUGCCUUCAGUGGUACAAACUUCCUACCGUCAUCUUCGCAACCUCAAAGUGGUGAGAUUAUCCCAGUCUCCAAGCGAAGUGUAGACGCCAGUCUAGCACGACGUCCACGAAGGAAUGUUACCGAUCGUGAUAUUCCUGCUCUAGCAGAUGCCAUCCGCGAUGAUUUGGAGAUUGCGCCGUCUAGAACGUUAGCCACCAGAAGCUCGCGGUCAAGGUCGAAACAACCGAGUCAAGACGUGGUCGAGAUAUUUGAUGAGCAGGAAAAUCUUGGUAGACUGGUUCUUCCACCACCCCCAGCCAUGACUGCAAAACUUCCAGUACCAAGGAGAAAGAUUCUUGACACAACUUCGAUAUUUCCAGGAUCCGACCCGACAGCAGUAUUGGAGCGUCUCAAUGCAUUCCGGGAUAACCUGGCGUCAGCUUUGGAGAGAAAGCAUUUGGCGCCCUCCCGACGAAUCCCGCAACAACCCUCAAAGCCGCUUCCUUUUGUGAGUCGAUGGGUGGACUACAGCAAGAAACACGGAGUAGGAUACGUCCUGGAUGACGGUACAGUAGGAUGUGUCAUCAACGGUUCUGCGGCGACUGGAACACCCGUGACCCAUGUGGCAGUCAAAAAUGGAGAACGCUGGCUCGCACGUAUAGGAAAACGCUUCGAGCAUUUGGAACGUGUUCCAUUCAGGAUAUUCGAAGACCACGGAGCUGCUGGACUCGAGAAGCUUGACCUGGCAAGCAGGGAUGAGAAGACGAGAGAAAGACUACGAAUGCUCCGCGUUCUCUGGGUGAAGUUUGGAAGAUACAUGAGCCAAACGCUCAAUGCAACCGAGACGGCAGACUGUGCGGAUGAUGAAACGGAAGCGGACUCAGACUUGCUGUUUGUUCGGUUCUACCAAAGAUCGGGCAAUGUCGGUAUCUGGGGAUUCUCAGAUGGUUGCGUACAGCUCCACUUCCCCGAUCACACCAAAUUCGUCCUCUCCGCUGACGGUCUGCAUACUUCUGCAACACUCGUGCCCGUGGAAGGAGUGUACGCGAUCAAUGAAAAGCAUGAUCUGCCAACCAAGCUGCUCAGAGACCGGCAAACGUUGGUGCAUUCAAUACACGCACUGCUGUAUGGAUCACAGCCCGGAGGACGCGGGCAGAAGCUAUUCGCUGAGAUGGUCCAAGCCAACAUGGUCGAAGACAAGAUGCGCUUGCUGCUUCAAGUACUAGACCAAUGGAUUCAAGGAGGUGGUCUUGGUUGUACGGGUGUCGGAGAAGAACGUCUGCAGUGGCAGGGUUCUUGGGUCAACGAGCACGCGCGCAAGAUUGACUGGGUGACGGUGGGCAGGCUUGGAGGCGACGAGGCCGUCACUAAACGAGCCGGAAGAAAGAAGGAUGCCGCCGCCGCGCAACCCGGAGCCAUGGGCGGAAAGCCCCAGGUCAGGAAGGCGGCCUUCGAGUCGACCAAGAAGAAGGAAGUCGGAGUCUCGGAUCUCACCCUGAUCAGCAAGAUUUCCAACGAGGCCAUCAACGACAACUUGAAGAAGCGAUUCGAGAAUGGCGAGAUUUAUGUAUGCGCGCUGUCUACUUGCGCGUGUCCAGAUGGGCGGAUGCUGACUGUAGUCUUGCGCAGNACGUAUAUUGGCCAUGUGCUGGUGUCGGUGAAUCCGUUCAGAGACUUGGGCAUCUAUACCGACAAGGUGCUUGACAGCUACAAGGGAAAGAACCGUCUAGAAGUGUGUCUCUCAGCCAUGAACCAAUGUAUCAUCAUCUCAGGAGAGUCAGGAGCCGGAAAGACUGAGGCGGCCAAGCGUAUCAUGCAAUACAUUGCCAAUGUGUCUGGCGGCAGCAACUCGUCCAUUCAAGAGGUGAAGGACAUGGUACUGGCCACAAANCCCCUGCUCGAAUCUUUCGGAAAUGCCAAAACGCUGCGCAACAACAAUUCGUCGCGAUUCGGAAAGUACCUCGAGAUCCAGUUCAACGCUCAGGGUGAGCCCGUUGGUGCCAACAUCACCAAUUACCUGCUGGAGAAGUCAAGAGUUGUGGGACAAAUCAUGAACGAGAGAAACUUCCACAUCUUCUACCAGUUCACAAAGGCAUGCUCGGAGAAUUACAGACAGACAUUCGGCAUCCAGCAGCCUCAGUCUUAUGUCUACACUAGCGCAUCAAAAUGCUACGAUGUACAAGGAAUUGACGAUCACGCCGAGUUCCAGGAUACGUUGAACGCCAUGAAGGUUAUUGGAUUGUCGCAAGCAGAACAGGACGAUAUCUUCCGUAUGCUUGCCGCAGUCCUUUGGCUCGGCAACUGUACGUUUGGCGAGGACGACCAAGGAAAUGCCGCGAUCGCAGACCAGUCUGUGGUUGACUUUGUCGCCUACCUUUUGGAAGUUGACUCAGCUCACGUCAACAAGGCCUUGACUAUCAGAGUCAUGGAGACUAGCCGUGGUGGCCGAAGAGGAUCGGUUUACGAUGUGCCACUCAACCCGGCGCAAGCAACCUCUGUCAGAGAUGCCUUGGCUAAGGCCAUCUACUACAAUCUUUUCGACUGGAUUGUUCAAAGAGUUAACGUGUCUCUCCGAGCUAAGGGUGCAGUUGCUCAGUCGGUCGGUAUUCUGGACAUCUACGGAUUCGAGAUCUUCGAGCGCAACAGUUUCGAGCAGCUCUGUAUCAAUUACGUCAACGAGAAGCUGCAGCAAAUCUUCAUUCAAUUGACUCUCAAGGCCGAGCAAGAAGAAUAUGAGAGGGAACAAAUUACCUGGACUCCGAUUAAAUACUUCGACAACAAGGUUGUGUGUGAACUGAUCGAGGAAAAGAGACCUCCUGGCGUCUUUGCAGCAUUGAACGACGCUUGUGCGACUGCACAUGCUGAUCCCGCAGCUGCAGACGGUACUUUUGUGCAGAGACUGAAUGCUUUGUCCUCAAAUCCUAACUUCCAGCCAAGACAAGGCCAGUUUGUCAUCAAGCAUUAUGCUGGUGAUGUCGCCUAUGCGGUUGAGGGCAUGACGGACAAGAACAAGGAUCAGUUGUUGAAGGAUAUUCUUAACCUCUGCGGACAAAGCUCGAACAACUUUGUCCACACUCUCUUCCCUGAGCAGGUCGACCAAGACAACAAGCGCCGACCACCUACUGCUGGUGACAGGAUCAAGGCCUCUGCCAAUGACCUGGUUUCCACGUUGAUGAAAGCAUCGCCCUCUUACAUUCGCACAAUCAAGCCAAACGAAAACAAGUCACCUACCGAGUACAAUGUCGGAAACGUCAUGCAUCAGAUCAAAUACCUUGGUCUGCAGGAGAACGUACGCAUUCGUCGUGCUGGGUUUGCGUACAGACAGACAUUCGACAAAUUCGUGGAGCGUUUCUACCUUCUUUCACCGAAAACCAGUUAUGCCGGAGACUACACCUGGACUGGCGACGCCAAGUCUGGUGUCAAGCAGAUUCUCAAAGACAGCAGUAUCCCUGUCGAGGAGUACCAAAUGGGUGUUACAAAGGCCUUUAUCAAGACUCCGGAAACACUCUUCGCGCUUGAGACUAUGCGCGAUAGAUACUGGCACAACAUGGCCAUUAGAAUUCAGAGAGCCUGGCGCAACUAUCUUCGCUACAGGAUAGAGUGUGCAACACGCAUUCAACGCUUCUGGAGACGCAAGACAGGCGGUAUGGAGUUCAUCCAGCUUCGCGAUCAGGGUCACCAAGUCCUUGGAGGCCGCAAGGAGCGUAGACGUUACUCUCUGAUCGGUUACAGAAGAUUCAUGGGAGACUAUCUUGGUAUCGGGAACAAUGGUGGAUCUGGCGAGAUGAUCAGAAAGUCGAUCAACCUCCCCAGCUCUGAUCAAGUGCUGUUCUCUUGCCGCUGCGAACUCCUCGUCUCCAAGCUUGGACGUUCUAGCAAGCCAGAGCCGCGAUUCCUCAUCUUGACCAACAAGAAUGUUUACCUUGUCAAGCAAGCUAUUCUCAACAAGCAGCUGCAGAUCAUGGCCGAGCGUACGAUUGCUAUUGGUGCUAUCAAGUUUGUCAGCGCCUCUACGCUCAAGGAUGAUUGGUUUGCAAUUGGUGCUGGAUCUGCUCAAGAGCCAGACCCAUUGGUGAACUGCAUCUUCAAGACCGAGUUCUUCACCAUGUUGAAGCAGGCUUCGCGUGGUACAGUCGACAUUCGCGUCGCUCAAGAAAUCAGCUACAACAAGAAGCCUGGCAAACUCGCAACUGUCAAGGUUGUCAAGGACCAGACUGUUGCCCGCGACGAUCUGUACAAGAGUGGUACUGUUCACACUGGACCGGGUGAGCCUCCCAACUCUGUGUCGAAGCCUACACCCAAGGCCAAGUCGGUUCCUGGCAAACCAAUUACCAGCGGUAAGCUCCUCAGACCUGGAGGUCCUGGCGGCCAGCCGUCGAAGCUGGCUGCUCGUCCAGCGCCUCAAUCUCGACCUGUACCGCAAGCUCGCCCCCUACCAAGUGGAAACCAAGCCUCGCCAGCAGGUAUGCCCAGUGCAAACCAAGGACCGUCAGCAGGUCUGCCCAGUAGAACCCAAGGGAAUCCUGCAGGUCUACCCGGCUUAGUCUCGACCCCUGAGGCUGCCGCCGCUGCUGUACAAGCCGCCAUGGGUAUGGGACAAAAGCCAGUACCCGCGCCUGUCGCAGCACUCAACGGUAGUGGCCAUGCGCGCACACCGUCGGCAGGGUCGGCGCGCGCUCACUUGCCUCCACCACCACCACCUCCUGCUGCAGCACCAAAAGAACCACAGUUCAAGGCCAUGUACGACUUUGCUGGACAGACGAGCGGUGAGCUAAGUCUCACCAAGGACGAGAUCAUUGUAGUAACCCAAAAGGAAAAUAACGGAUGGUGGCUUGCGAAACGGAUGGAUGGCUCGGCGUCAGGAUGGGCGCCGUCGGCAUACCUGGAAGAGGUGGUGGCUAAACCGGCACCUCCACCUCCCCCACCAGUGCAGCGCUCAAUGCCUCCUGCACCGCCCAAGGCGAAUGGUGCCGUAGCUGGCAAGAAGAUGCCGCCGCCACCACCAGCAAAGCGACCGGCGGGACGCAAACCUGCACCCCCUGCGCCAGGAGGCAGUGGCAGUGGCACAGACAGCGGUACAUCGACGCCUCCAACAGGAGGUCUGGCAGGAGGAUUAGCAGAAGCGCUGCGAGCACGGUCAAAGGCAAUGAGACAGAAUGAGGAAGACUGGUAA